AUGUCUCCCUCUUUGUAGAUGUCAAGGUGGCUGCUGUUGCUGUUGUGGAGCUUGGUUCUGGCUUGGCCUGGAGAAGGAUCUCAGCGCAGUGAUCCCAUGUUCACAGCCAUCACAGAUCAUAUCCUCCCACCUGACUAUGACAGCAACCCAACCCAGCUCAAUUACGGCGUGGCCGUGACGGAUGUGGACCAGGAUGGAGACUUUGAGAUUGUCGUGGCUGGGUACAAUGGUCCCAACCUAGUGCUGACGUAUGACAAGAUACGCAGCCGGCUGGUGAAUCUUGCAGUGGAUGAACACAGCUCCCCAUAUUAUGCACUACGGGAUCGCCAAGGCAAUGCGAUUGGUGUGACAGCAUGUGACAUUGAUGGGGAUGGACGGGAGGAGAUCUACUUCCUCAACACCAAUAACGCCUUCUCCGGUGUAGCCACCUAUACAGAUAAACUGUUCAAGUUUCGGAAUGGGCGCUGGGAGGACAUCUUGAGCGAUGAGGUGAACCGGGGUGUGGCAAGCUGGUUUGCUGGGCGCUCCGUGGCAUGUGUGGACAGGAUGGGCUCUGGCCGCUACUCCAUCUACAUAGCUAACUAUGCCAGUGGGAGAGUUGGGCCCCAUGCCCUCAUUGAGAUGGACACAGCUGCCAGUGACCCAGAGAAUGGCAUUGUGGCACUGAAUGAUGUGGCUGCAGACGCCGGAGUCAACAAAUUCACAGGGGGUCGGGGCUUGGCUGUGGGGCCUAUCCUCAGUGAAGCAGACUCUGACAUAUUUUGUGACAAUGAGAAUGGAGCCAACUUCCUCUUCCGGAACCAGGGUGACGGUACCUUCAUAGAUGUAGCAUCCAGUGCUGGCCUGGAUGACCCCUACCAGCACGGGCGUGGCGUGGCACUGGCUGACUUCAACCGUGAUGGCAAAGUUGACCUAAUCUACGGCAACUGGAAUGGACCACACCGGCUCUAUCUGCAGAUGAGUGCAGGUGGGCGCUUCCGGGACAUUGCCACGCCCAAACUGUCCAUGCCAUCACCUGUCCGCACCGUCAUCGCUGCUGACUUUGACAAUGACCAGGAGUUGGAGGUCUUCUUCAACAACAUCGCCUAUCGCGGCUCAUCCGCCAACCGCCUCUUCCGGGUUGCCCGCCGAGAGCAUGCUGACCCAGCCAUUGAAGAACUGAAUCCCGGUGAUGCAUUGGAACCUGAGGGGCGUGGCACAGGGGGAACAGUGGUGGAUAUUGAUGGCGAUGGGAGGCUGGACCUGAUCCUGUCACAUGGCGAGUCCAUGGCACAGCCACUCUCAGUCUUCAAGGUCAAUGAGGGUGCUGGCAACAACUGGCUGCGAGUGAUUCCACGUACACGCUUUGGGGCAUUUGCUCGCGGUGCUAAGGUGGUGCUGUUCACACGUCACAGUGGUGCCCAUCUGCGUAUCAUUGAUGGAGGGUCUGGGUACUUGUGCGAGAUGGAGCCCGUUGCCCAUUUUGGCUUGGGACAGGAUGAGCCCAGCAGCCUGGAGGUGACCUGGCCAGAUGGCAGAGUUAUCAGCCGCACUGUAGUGAGCAGUGAGACCAAUUCUGUGCUGGAGAUUCCCUAUCCCCGGGACACUGCGGGGUCACCCCCUAUCAUACUCCCUCUUGAGUGUGGCCAAGGCUUCUCUCAGCAUGAGAACGGGCGAUGUGUCGAUAUGGAUGAGUGUGCUGAAUUUCCGUUUGUCUGCCCCAGGGGCAGGCCCAUCUGUAUCAACACAUAUGGCGGGUACCGUUGCCGCAGCAACAGGCGCUGCCAUCGGGGCUUUGAGCCCAAUGAGGACGGCACAGCUUGUGUUGCUCAAGUGGCCUUUUUUGGUGGAUACCCUUCCUCAGGGAGUUGGUUGGGCUCCAACUUGCCCUCAGCCUCUCUUCUUCCACUUUGCCUCGGACUCUGCUUUCAUUCCUAUGCACUUUAA